CCCGUUGCGGAUGGGCAGACAGUUCAGUAUUAACGGCGCAUUCGCAGCGAACCGAUCGCAGAACCGGAACUUUAAAGCGGAACAUAUAGAACUCAUAUAGACAGUGACAUCAUGUGCAAAAGUGCGAUCAUCUGCCUGGCCAUCGUGGCCUGCAUCUCGCAGGCUUUGGCCCAAAACCAAACGCCACAAACCUGCGCCCAAGCCACCGGCAUUAGCUUUAACCAGACCGCUUUCAGUGGAAAGUGGGUGGAGUUGGCCCGCAAUCCCGCCUCUAAUGUCUCCUGCAUUUCCCUUAACGUGGCUUUCUGGAACAACAACAACAACAUGCUGGUCAAUAUCAGCCAUUCAAGCAAUGUCGCCUCCACUUUGGUGGACGUCUAUGAAACUGCGAAUAUUACGCUGGUGGAGAACAACCUGAGCGGCUACAAUGUGACCCUGGUGAAUGGCCAGAAGCAGGAGUACGUCUUCGUGAAGCUGCUGAGCUAUGUGAACUCCACCUACCUGGUUGGUUGCUCCUACACCGAUGCCAGCAACGCAUCGACCAGUGCUGGCUUUAUUCUGGGCAGGUCCAGCUAUACUCCGGAAGGCGUAAAGAUUGCCAACAAUGAUGCCUCCGUGUCCUUCAGCAAUUUCCAGAACAACACCUACGGCAAUGUCACUCAGUUUGAUUGCCGCGCCAGCUCCGCCGGACAGACUGUGCCUCUGACCCUGAUUUCUGGCUUCCUGGCCUUCGCCCUGUUGCUGAUCAAGGCCUAAGGAUGGAGAUGUACCCAAGUGCUGCUUUGCCUAGCCACCAUAAAUGAAAGAAAACUAACAAAAUCCAAUCACUUGCCUCAGUUAUUGUGUCAUUCUCUUUAUUUAGUUUUUAGUUGACUUUAAACACCGCGCUCUGAAAUCGAGGCAAGGCAAAACGAUGUCAAUAAAAGUAAACCGAAAUGGGUGAGGGCUCAUAAAAAGUCCCCACUGAAAAGAA